AUGUCUAAUAAUCCCAACGACAAAUUUGCUAUUAUUAGUGUUGAAUCAAAGCCUUUUGCAGGGCAAAAACCUGGGACAAGUGGUCUACGUAAAAAGGUUCCUGAGUUUCAGCAGCAGCAUUAUACCGAAAAUUUCAUUCAAUGCGUACUUGAUGGUGGCCUUGGUGCAAAUAAGCGUGGUGCUAUUUUAGUUGUUGGCGGUGAUGGCCGUUUUCUAUGUGCUCAAGCUGUCAAUAUCAUCAUAAAAAUUGCAGCAGCUAAUGGGGUUUCAAAAUUAAUCAUUGGUCGCGACGGGAUUCUGAGUGGUAUCAUAUUGACUGCUAGUCAUAAUCCUGGAGGUCCAAAAAAUGAUUUCGGCAUUAAAUUUAAUUGUGAAAAUGGUGGACCUGCACCUGAUAAUGUUACUGAACGUAUUUAUGAAUUAACUACAAAAAUUAGCAAAUAUUAUAUUUGUCCGGAAUUAAAUAUCGAUUUCGGAGAAAUUGGUACUUCAACAGUAAUUAUUCAAGAUUUGGGACCGUUUACUAUUCAAGUCAUUGACAGUAUUCGUUCAUUCAUUAGUGAAACAUCUGGAGAUGGCCGAAAAUUCAACAUUAUUGUGGACUCGAUGCAUGGUGUUACUGGACCUUAUGUUUCGAAUAUUUUUGUGGAUCGUUUGGGUGCUCAAUCUAAUUGUUGCUUGCGUACCGUAUCUAAACCUGAUUUCGGAGGUAUUCAUGACCGUAAUAUGAUUUUGGGGAAGGGAGCUUUCUUUGUUACUCCAAGUGACUCACUGGCCAUUAUAGCUGCGAAUUUGGAUUGUAUUCCUUAUUUUAAAAGGACUGGCGUUAAAGGGUAUGCACGUUCAAUGCCAACCGCUUGUGCUAUAGAUAAGGUGGCUAAAUCGUUAGGACGUGAAUGUUAUGAAGUGCCCACUGGCUGGAAAUAUUUUGGGAACUUGAUGGACGCAGGUAAAUUGUCACUUUGUGGUGAAGAAUCAUUUGGUACUGGUUCAGAUCAUAUUCGGUUUGUUUUCGUUUAUAUUUUAAUUGAAAGUUUUUGA